GGGGCCUGGACGCGGCUGUAGCGGAGCGGAGCUGCAGCCGGAGCUUAAGCCCUAAGUCGCCGCUGUGGGGACCAGACCCAACCCGCACGGACCCGCACCGCUCUGCUCCGCACCGGGUCCCGCCGUCCCGCUGCGCUGUCGGGGAGCGAGCCGCUCUCCCGCACCCGGAGUGCCAGAUGGCUUCCGUCACUGAUGGUAAAGCUGGAGUCAAAGAUGCCUCCGACCAGAAUUUUGACUACAUGUUCAAACUGCUCAUUAUCGGCAACAGCAGUGUCGGCAAAACCUCCUUUCUCUUCCGCUAUGCCGAUGACACCUUCACCCCUGCCUUCGUCAGCACUGUGGGCAUUGACUUCAAGGUGAAGACAGUCUACCGCCAUGAAAAGCGAGUGAAGCUACAGAUCUGGGACACAGCUGGGCAGGAGCGAUACCGGACCAUCACCACAGCCUAUUAUCGUGGGGCCAUGGGCUUCAUUCUGAUGUAUGACAUCACCAAUGAGGAGUCUUUCAAUGCUGUCCAAGAUUGGGCUACUCAAAUCAAGACCUACUCCUGGGAUAACGCGCAGGUUAUCCUGGUGGGGAACAAGUGUGACAUGGAGGAAGAAAGGGUUAUUCCCACUGAGAAGGGCCGGGUCCUCGCAGAGCAGCUUGGGUUUGACUUCUUUGAAGCCAGUGCCAAGGAGAACAUCAGUGUGAGGCAGGCCUUUGAGUGCCUGGUGGAUGCCAUUUGUGACAAGAUGUCUGAUUCACUGGACACGGACCCCUCUGUGCUGGGCUCCUCCAAGAACACCCGUCUGUCAGACACCCCGCCGCUGCUGCAGCAGAACUGCUCCUGUUAAGCAAGGCCCAGCCUCCUGCUGUCCCCUCAUUGUGGCCCUACACCCACUCUGCUUCCCCAGUUACACUGUCCACCCCAGCCCCGAGCCAGCUGACUUGCUGCCGUUCAUUGCCUGCAGUGGAGGUGGAAUCAUGCCCCUGGGGUUCUCUGCAGAUGGCUCCACUUACAGACACUCAGCACUAGACUAAAAGUCAGGUCACAACGUGGGUGGAGAUUCACUUUACAAAAGAAGACUCCAUUUUAUAAAAGGGAUUCACUACAGGGACUUGGAAACUGAAUUUUUUUCCCACCUUUGAAAUAAGAUUUCCUUCAUUUUUCAAAAUUUGACACACACACACACACACACACACACACACACACACACACUUUUCAGGCCUGGCCAGCUGUGUAAAGUGAGGCCCACCUGCACGACUAAUCCAAUUAAAGCAAACCUCCCCACACAAAACACCUUGUUUCAUACCAGGGUCCCUAGGGGGCUUCCUCUCCCUGCAAGUCAAGCUCUAAAAGCCCUGUGCCUGUUGUCACGGAUGCCCACAGGCCUGGGCAGUUGCUGUGGUGACAGGCCAGAGCUAAUCUCCAGAGAGGUCAGAAUCUCUAAUGAUGCUGAGGGAGCAAAGGCUGAGUCAGAAACACACUUAAAAGAAAAAGAUGAUUCCCUGCAAAAUGUCAAAUUUUCCUUCUAUAUGAAAGAGCCAGUGAGGGAGCUCAAGGAAGAAAAGAGAAACACAGGCAAGAUAAAGAAACAACCUGAAUUUCUGAUUUUGCUGCUUUCCAGCUGGAUCUUAACCAUGGUAACUUUAUGAAAUUGGUCACUAGUUCUUAGACUCCCAGAAUCUGAAAAUUUGAGUGGGGUCGGAUUCCAAAUUUUAUCUACUCUGACUAGUUCCAAUCUUCCUAUUUCUAACAAGUGGCAGUCAGGCCUCACAACCAAAUCUCUUCCUCUAGAGCACACCUUCUAGGGAUGGGAGCUCACUGUCCACACCAUCUUUGGGCAUCUCUCAUAAUCAAAGUUUUUCUUCCUUUAAGCUGAAACCUGCCUCCUAGAAAUCUUCAUUUUUUCACUCCAUUUAUACUGGCUCUGCUGCCAGAGACCUCACAAACUCUGCUCCCUCUGCCCUCUGACACCCUCAGAGGACUGGAGAACAGAAAUUGUGAUCCUUGGGAUCAGCCCUGUUUCUAAGUCAUUCUAAGUCAAACAGUUCUAAUUUCAUGUGCCAUUCUUUAUAGGGUCUUCUCCCUAUCCUGCCUUUUCUCCCACCCCAUCUUUCAAUCACUCCUGAAUAGUCCAACUGGAACAUGUGAUUCAAAACAGAAUAAACCUAAGCAAAGGGCAUGACCUUGACAAAAUUGGGAAAGCUAAACUCAGAUGUCCCGAUCCCAACCUCAUUCUCCUGGGAGUAAAACCUUAAUUUCUACCAAAAAGCAGAUGUGAAACCACUCCUGGUGGAAGCUGCUUAAUGAAAUACCUGAAAAAACAAAACAAAAAAUGAAAACCCCUGUUAAACAAACUGAAUGGAUUAGGCCAUGAUUCUAGCUUGUAUGGACACAGCAAGUGUUUGGGAUUUUUUUAGCUGAAAUAAUGACAUGGAACUAGUGAUAAUUCUUGAAAAUCUUUCCUCCCAGCCCUGGCCUGAAUCCCCAGCUUCCCCAUGUACUAACAUACCUCCUCAAAAGUCAGUGGGGGAGGGGGAAGAACAUCCCAAGUUUUCUCUCCAUUUCAAGUGCAGCUCAUUGUCCUAGGAAAGUGCAUUAACUAGCAACAGGUCCAAUGGACUACAUAAAAGGAGCUCUUCAGAAUCAGUCCUAUGGAGAUGUUGCUUUCUCUGAUGCAUUGCAGAGGAUGGAACUUUGGUCUUAGAAUCAGGAGACCUGGACUCUUUCCUUACAUCCAGCGUGACUCUGAACUAGUUACUCCCCAUUUCUAAGUCUUGAUUUCCCACUUAUAAAAUGUUGGGGGGUUAUAUGGGUAAUCUUAAAGGUCCCUUCUGGCACUAAUAACUCUGAUACUCUUUUUUUCAUCUUCGUCAUUGCAGUUGAUCUGCAAAAUAAACCCUACAGGUGAGAAUUAUCACCCCAAUGUCAUUAUAGCUAACACUGAUGUCAUGCUUAUUCUGUACUAAGGAUUGUUCCAAGCACUUUACUUGUAUUUACUGUUAUUCUCCCAACAUCUUUGUGAGGGAGGCACUAUAAUCAACCUCAUUUAAAGAUGAGGAAACUAAGGUACAAAGAGAUUCUCUAGUUUGCCUAAAGUCAUACCAUGAGUAAAUAAUAGAAAAUGGGUUCAAGCCCAGGCAGUAGGCUCCAAGGUCUGUGCUCUUCACCACAUUCUAUACUACAUUUCUAAUAGAUAAACUAUGAUCCAAAGAGGUUAAGAGACUUCGCAAGGUCACACAGCUAGCAAGUGUUAGAGCUAUGUUCAGAUUCAAUCCCAAAGCCAUCAGAUUUCAAUUCUACUAGAGAAAACAUUUAUGUCCCUAAUCUGUUAACAGAUUGUUCAACGAUUCAGACUAAUCUGAGGUGAUGGAUGUCUAACACUUCUAGAAAGCCGUCAAUCAGUCUCUUAGGCAACCAGGUCCCAUGGGCCUGAACAAAAAAUGCCCAGUGCUUCUCAGGCGCAAGCACUGGCUUUCCCUGUACCUGCGUCUGUCAGGCAAUUCUCACCUAGCUCUCAGGCUGUGCUUUGAGCAGCCUCCCUGUUCUAGCAAUGGGGUGUUUUGGGGAAGUGACUUAAUCAGCUUCUCUGACCAUGGAAGAAAGUGGUCCCUUCAUGCGGCAGUGAUUCUGGCUGUGCUUUUUACACUGUAAAAUCCCAUACAAGACAGGGAUUAUUACUAUUUUUCUGGAACAUCCAAUAAAACCCUACUGUUAGUGUUUUAGACUGAGUUCCUCAUGACCCCUGGGUAUUUUAGUACAUAUAUCAAAUAAUCUUUUCUCACCUACUUAGUAUCCAGGCAAAGAUUAAGAAUUAAAAAAAAAAAAAACCACAAAAAGCAACUGUCAAAUUCUUUAGAACUCAGGGGUCGGUUAAAAGGAGCAAGCACCUUUAUAACAGAAGGAAUCAAGAGUUAAAUGUAAUAGUAGCAAACUCUUCUACUGGUGACAAACAGACCUGCUUGUUAGAUGGCAAUUCCCCAGCCCCACUCUGUGACCUCGUUUCUGCCAAGUGCAGCUUCCAGCUGAUUGCAGUGAAAUGUUCAUCAAUCACAGUAAUAGUGCAGUUAGCCACUGAGGUUCAAGCUGCAUAAUAUGUGUUAGUGGCAACUUGUCCUGGUUUUCAUCUUGUUUAACAAUCCAAAUAAAAGAUUAAAAAACACACACACACACACACACACAAAACAACUCUUGACCUCUAAAGAGGCAAAAGUAGGCCAAAAGUGCAAUACAGUAUUGUAGCUAUUUAUAGAAUCUGUCUUAAAUGCAUGUGUAUCUGUAAAUACAAAGUGAUUCGUGACUUAUUAUUGUCUCCUCAGUCUGUAGCAUUAUUAACUUCUAGAAACCACAAUGGGGUAGAGUGUACUGAGUGGUCACAGACUCGUCGAUUAUUAGAUCUGGAAAGGAGCUUAGAGAAAAUCUUGUCCAGGCUCCUUGUUUUACAAAAAGGAAGGUUGAGGUCCAGAGAGACGGAGGAAAUUUCCCAAGGACACUCUGAGAGGGCAUUUGUGAUGGACUUGGGACUAGGUCUUGGAUCACCUCUGGGAAGACAUUCACCUAUUCUAUAUCUAUGAUGGUCUUGGCACUAUCACAUAUUAGCUAAAUAUAGAUGAAAACAAAUGAUCCCUGCCUGCAAGGUACCUACAGGCUAAUGGAAGUGUGUUUCUAAGAUAUUAUUAUCCUCAUUUGUCAGGCAAGAAAACGUAGCCUGGUAAAAGUUAACAUGCCUAAGUCACCCACUAGGAUUAUUUGAACUCGCUUCUGUCUGACUCAUGCGCUUUCAAAUUUCCUCUUCAGAUUGUUUCUCGGAUGAAUGGUACGUGGGGUGAUGAUGGUGACAUGCUCUCAAGGAUUCUCAGAGUUAAUUAAAUAACCUCAGUUGCGACAUUAUUUCACACUUGCAUUGUGUCUUCCACAGAAUGAUAUGAACACCCUCCAAACUGAGCUGUCUCACUCACAUCACUGGUCCUGCCCCGGAAUUCCUAGUUUGGGUAUCCAGUUUCCUAGAGUGUCUUGAGGAAUGUUUGUUUGCCAGCAGUUUGGAAUAAAGGGAAGGAAUUACAGCAACCAGUAUCCUGGGAUCUCAUCGAUUUUAGACUCCCCACCCCAAACCUACCUUUGAUUGAUUACCUGCCACAGCUGGUGAAUCAAACAGCAGCCAGUGCUGGGAGUGUGUGUAAGAGACAGGCCCAUGAGAUACAAAUACUGUUAAGGGAUGCUUUUGAAGGCCUGGAUCCCUUAUGUGAAGUAGGCAACACUCAAAUUUAUUCAUUCAACAAAUUCGUGUCUAGUAUGUGCCAGGAUACAAUCAGUGGAAAAUCAGACACAGUCUUUGCCUUCGUGAAGCUUACAGUCUAGUAGCUGGUGGUUUAGUCUAGAUACUGUAAAGUAAUCACCCCAAUAUAAUUAUGAAGUGCUCUAUGGGAAAGGCACAUCAGUCUUCGAGAACACAUAACUGGGAAUCCUGAAUCACCUUUGUUGGGCUGUUUCAGGGGCCCGAGGAAGACUCCACUGCCCUCAAAUACCUCCAUGGCCAUUGCUUUACAUUACAUCCUCAAUUCAGCUUUCGUUUUUUAGUUCAAACCUUUGAUGGCUGAUUAAGUACAAAUCCUCCCAAAAGAGUAAGGGUGAGGGAAGGAACAUCUGUGUUGUGAAACAUCUUCAGACUGCCUGGUUAGAGUUAAUUGUCCUCUGAGGAAUAUAGCAAACCAUUCCAAAACUUACUGACUUAACACAACAAACAUUUAUUAUUUUUCAUGAUUCUGUGGGUUGGCUAGGUAGAUCUUCUGGCUGAGGCUGGAUACUCUAGAAUGGUUUCAUUCACAUGUCUGGGGGUCCAGCUGAGAUGACUGGGGUGGUUGAGGCCUCUCUCCACGGGGUUUCAUCCUCUGGAAAGCUGCCCAUAUUUGUUCACAUGGUAGUGGAAGUUUUCCCAGCAACAAGAGAGGGCAAGCUCUUACACAGAAGCACUUAUCAAGCCUCUUUUUUUUUUUUUUUUUAAAGAUUUUAUGGGGGAAGGGGAACAGGACUUUAUUGGUGAACAGUGUGUACUUCCAGGACUUUUUUCCAAGU